GUGAAACAAUGGCGGACGAACAUUGAGAAAGUGCGGAGAUAGGAAAAGUUUUGUUUUCCUCGUAAAUUUGAGUGUCGUUAGAACAAUGGUGGAUGAACAGUCCUGUAUCCAAGAGGUGCAAAAUCUUAUAAGGACUUUCAGAGGUUCUGACCGUCAUAGAUGGCUUGAGAUAUUUCUGAAGACCGAGGAGUAUUUACAGUGAGUUUUCGCCUACCGUACGUGCAGAUAUAAUCUCAUGCCUUUGGAUUCGUCCCCAGUCGCUUGAGAAAGCACUUUUUUCUAGAGUCUAGGUCAUGAUUGCGAUAUCUCCUUACAUAAGUUGAACUUCGGAAGUUCCUUUUUUUGUUGGAUACUCAGACCUCCGACCUAUGUGGUUGUGGAGGUGCAAGGUAGUGGGCUGUAAUUGAGGCUGUAAUGAGGGUUUUAAUAUAGAGAAACUUAAGUGGGUGCGGGGCGGGGGUGGGGGGGGUUUGGGGGGUGUGGGGUGUUACUUUACCUCUAAACAUGAUGUUAUAUUUGAAUGUGUUGUAUAAUACAAAAACCUGAAGCUCAAAAAGUGAAGACAGCUUAGGUUUAAAGAGUGUUGACAGUGUUUUGAACCCGAAUUGAUGUACAGUCAAACCUCUCCACAAUGGCCACCUUGGAGACAGAAGAAAGUGGCUGUUUUAGAGAGGUGACUGUUAUGGGGAGGUAGGGGCAUAAUAUGGCAAUAAUUUUUUUUUUGGCGUGGGUCGGGGGGGGGGGGUAAAACAUGUUUAUUGUGCUAAGUUCAUGCUUACUGUCUUCCAUAGAUAAAAUUCACAAAAAACUUGAAUUAUGUUUUCAAUCAAAAUGGUAAUAUGAAAAAAAACCAGAAAGGUUCGCAACGUUCACUUUACUUACCAUAGCAGUAUAAAUGAAACAAAAUUAAAAUAAGAUUGCCGCGGUCAAUCAUCAAGGUGCCAUAGUAAUAAAACUGGUCGUUGUCAAGAGGUUACUCCCUACACCAGUGGCAAAAAAAGUGUUCAAAUGCCUUACCCUAAUGUUAAAUUUCACUGUGAAGAACCCCUCCCAAAGAAGAAAUGUUUUGAUGCUAAUUAUAAGAUAGUCUGUAUUUAUUCUGGUUUGUAUCUUCAAAAGUAAGGAAUGUGUUUAUAAAUUAUGGUUAUUGUAGUUGCUUUUACUGAAUGUUCCAGACAUCUGAGAUUGAAUCAGAUUUUAUCAUGAUCUUGUUGUGUUUAUUAGGCAGAAUUCUCUAAAGCAGAAGUUAUCAAUCCUUGAUGCACUGAGGACAUAUAUUUUAAAGAAUGGUGACUUUGCAGCCUUAUUAAAUGAAGAUGACCUGCAAACUGUCAUCAGUAUUUGGUGCACAAUCUACCUUGCCUCCUUGAGAAAUCUCAAGCUGUGCCAAAAAGUUAGAAAGGUAAAGUGAUUUCGAUCUUCAUAUUAUCCUGGUCUUUUAUGUUUUCUUUCUUUUUUCACAUGAUCUUGAACUGCAAAGUGACAACAAUAAGCCAAGUAGUAGAGAGACAUGCUAUGCACCACUUGUGUAUCAUUCAUGAUACAAUUCAUUUGCCUAUUAUGAUUGUUCCUAAUUUCUCCUGCCAUUGGGUUUUACAGUCAUUAAAAGACAAUCAAAUUGAGUACAAUGCUUAUACAAGUUUUUAGGGGCAAGCAAGGUGAAUGACAUUGUAAAAGUGACAAAUUACAGAAGGAGGAUCCCUGUUAUGACAAGUCUACCAUUCCACAGAACCAGAAUUACUAUGUACUUUGGUUGGCGAAAACAAAGUUUUUAGCUACUCAGCAAUAGUAAACGAUUUAUAGUUUUGUCAUUAGUGGUUAAAGCAUUGGAAAAAUGACCUAAUACAUAACUUAAAACAAUUUUUCUGCUUGAGUGUUGAUGAGCCAUUAAGAUCUUCAUAGUCUACUAUCAUCUUCUAACACAGUUGAGCCUUAUAUUUUUAACUCUGUAAUCUUGAAGUAUUCACACUAACUUAACUGUUCUAGCUGACACAGGCUAAUGGAGAUAAUCAAAAUAAUUCACAAAUCUAUAUGACACAAAAAAACCACAGCAAAAUUGUCCUAAUUUAUGCUGAUUUACUUAUGAUAUCACAAAUUGUUACAAAUGGGUAACAAUUUUUAUUCUUUUCAUUUGUAGAUAUUUAUUGCCAUUAGUAAUUUGAAGCCCUCUCAUACAGAAUAUGAGAUGAAAAGGAAUAUCACACAGCUUCUGUCUUUACAGAUGAGUGAACAUGUCAGCAUUAUCGAAGCAAGUAAGGGUAGAGAAUAAAUAUUGCCUAUAACCAUUGUAAAGUUAAUGCUUAUCUUAAGUGUGUCAUGUCAGUGUAAAGUUUUUGUGUGAACAUCAAAUGCAGUAUUAAUUUUUUAAUUCUAUGUUUUUAUAUUUUAAUAGUUUGUCAACUAAUUGAUAUUUGUGACCUUGGACGGAAGUGUGUGCAGGAUCUAUUUGAUCAUUUUCUUGCUACUAUUUCUCAUUGUCUGGACAGUUAUUGUCAAGAGGUAUGGAAUUUAUCAAAGUGGUUUAUUGAGUACCUUUUUAGUCCAUGAAAUUCUAAUAUGUCUAAUUAAGAGCAGACGAUUCUCUAAUACAUUCAACUACAAUAUUGUUUUGACAUUUUUAAUGAAAAAUACUCAUAGGAUAAAUUUUUUUUCUUUAUAUUAGAGCUAAGAGCUUGGUUUUCUGGAAAUUUAUCUCAUUUCCUUCAAUCAGCUCCUUAAUGUUGCUGUGUGGUCUACUACUUUAUAGAAGCCUAGACUUUACAAGGGGUAUUACAAUUAUUACUGGUGACCAAAUAGUUUUCACUGUGGCCUAAAAAUUUUGGACAGAAGUGAAUAAAUAAAUAAAUAAAUAAUAAAUAAUAAUAAUAAUAAUAAUAAUAAUAAUAAUUAUAAACAAGCAAGAAUUCCAUCUGGCUAGCACCAAUCCACCUAGAGGAAUAAAAUGAGGGCGGCUCGUAAGUUUAAAUUUCAAUACCAAUUAUUCAUUGCUUUUUUCCAAAGCUGCAAUGCACUGAAGGAGGAGAAUUAUUGACAGUUCAUAACACAGAAAAUUGCCAGUGUUUUUUGAAGGUAUCUGUUGACCAGUGUAUAGAGUUUAUCACCGAUUUUCCCUGGAUUUCCCUCUUGAUAUUAAAAUGCAGUUACAAUAGUAAAGAAGGCAAAAUAAAGUAAAACAAACCAUGUCGAUGACAUCUGUCUCUUUGGCCAGAUUAAAUGUUUUGUCUGCUAACUUUGCCUUGCGGGAGUAGUUGUUGAUGAUAAAAGGAUGCUGAUGUUCUUGGCUGAAGCCUUUGCAGCCUAUAGAUUUCUGUUCUCUGCUUCCAUAGUUUUGCUACACAUACUCAGUGUCUACCUCCUCUAUAUAAAAAAUCAUAAAUACUGCAGCUAUACCUUGCCUAAUGCAGCAUACCUGUUGUAACUGUAGGCAGCACUGAAGACAUUCCAGUACUUCCCAAGUGAAAUUAAGCACUUACUCUCUGGUGAACCUCCUAAUUCAGUGGAUCGUGGUAAAGUAAAUUUAGUUUAUUUUCCACACAAGCUAUGAAAUCAGAGAGGAUAUUAAGUACAAGCUAAAGUGUUCUUGAGAAAGGCUACCCCAUCAGUGAUGCCAUGUAGUCCAUGACAAUAGCAAAUAUAAGCAGGAUGUUUAAAAUUACUUUACUAUAGUUGCCUGGCAAACUUUUUUUUACAAAGUUAGCCAUCAGAGUGUGUGAAUUUGUUUCAUUGGUAAAACUCCGUGCAAAUUAUAACACAAUAUUUAUAAUGAGACAUUGUAAUUACUAUAAAUACAGACAAAUAUAUAAUAUAUAAAUAUAGACAAACAACAAAAAAUGGUGAUAUCAACAAUCACAUUGCUGAACAACAUGGAUAAACCAAUGGUUUACCAGCAGGACUUUUCCGCGGGUAGCGGGUGACGGGCAGCGGGUGGCGGGUGAGUUGUAGCGGGUGACGGGUGGCGGGUGGCAGGUGGCAGGUGGUGGGUUAAAAAUAUAUAUGAAAAUAAAAUAUUAUAAUAAAAUAUUAUUAUUGAUAAUGAUAUAACUGUAUGUUGUAAUUUUAAAAUAAUUUCAACAUUUAUGUACUAGCUACCAGACUCCAAAUAAAAGUAUUGUCUUGUUUUGUUUUAUCUACUUACACGGACUAAAAAUGGGAAAAAAAAAACGAGAAAUCAUGCCUGUGAAAACAGUCACCUCUCCUUGCUCCGCACCGCAAGUGACGUGUCGUCAGGCUACACACGGUGUGUCAAAUGAAAAUGGGCUAUGUCAAGCAAGACACAUGGCAAGUGUCGAUCUUGUUUGUCUAGUUAGCUUUUUCUUCCACAUCAAGAUGAAAGAUGAUAGUACUUCCCGAACUGUUUAGCCGUGUUUAUAACAGACUGCAAGAGAUUCGGCCUCCCGUGUCGUAGCUCAGUUUUUGCCCUAGUAUGCGGCAUGAUUGCCAUCCUAAUCAGUAUUUUUAAGUAGUAUUUAAAAAAUGCAGAUCCUUUUUGUAUAUAUAUACAACGAGAUCAAUUCGCGUCCGAGACGCCACAUGCGGCGAAAACGGUCCAUGCUGUGGCAAAAACAUUCUUGCUUCUUCUCUGGUACACAUUAACAUUGACAGCUUUGUUGCUUUGGUCUUACGAAAGUUUCUUUGUUUUCUCGAAACAGACAUUUUGUUCAUUUUAAACUACAAGUUGGGAACCAAAUUGGCAAAGAUUUAUCCCACGGGCAAUGCAAUGUUUAUCCCAACUUAUAACAAAAGACACUGUUCAAACAUGUCGAGAGGAGAAUGCGAUCUUACUUGUCUGGUCGCAGGAUAAAUAUUUAUGAGUUCCUCAAGCUAUCUCGUGCAUGCGAUAUCGUGUAGAAGAAUAUUGCUAAAAUAUCGCUUUUUGUAAUGUUUAGUAUUUGUUUUCUUUUUUUUGAUUUCCCCUUUUUAUGUUUAUUUUUUUAUUUUUUGCAGCCUGACCCACUACCCGUCACCCGCUACCCGCCACCCGUCACCCGUUACCCGCAGAAAAGUCCUGCCGAUAGUUUACUCACUCAGAUCAAACGUGGCCGAAUUGCAGUCAGUAGUUUCAUUGGCACCUUACAUGUACACAUGAAUUGAUGAACUCAGACAACUUGAAUAUAGUCUUUUUGAAGUUAUAAGCUCACUGGGAUCCUGCUGUGAAAGUGAUUAUUAGUGAGAUGUAUUGGUAGAAGUAAGUUAAAAGAAAGGUUUUCUGUGUGCCUAUAGUGAGUCUUGUCGCACUGUUAUUGUAGAUGCACUAAUAUGAAUAAUCUCAUAUCUUACAGGUAAUUUGGCAGAGAUGCUACAAACAUUCAUCAGUAAUUUGUGGAAAGUAUUAUUUUGUGAGGUUAGAAUUUUUGGUUAAGUAUUUUUUCAAAUUGCUGUAUCUUACCACUAGUGAUGUAAAAGUGUGGAUCCUAGCUUACAAAUCAGUCCAUUUUGUUUUGUUAAAUGAUCACCAGUUUAUCACGUUAUCUGCAAAACUAUUGAAACCCUGUUCUUGAAAGUAAACAACAACAGCUUUCUGCCCGUUAAAAAAACUGGUCUUGUAAUGGAAGAAUAUCAAAUACAGCUGUAUCUACUAUAGCCUCCCUGCAGACAUCCUUUGGGGUUCGUUUGUCACAUAUUCAUUUCUCCCCCACGGACAUCUGGUCCAUGGGAGAAAUGAAUACGUCACAAAUGAACCCCAAAGGACAUCUGCGGGGAGGCUAUAUCUACUAUAGAAUUAAAAAUUGACUACAGUAGCGGGGUGGAAAAUAAAUUAUUGUUUAAGCCACCCCAUACCCUGUCAACAGUGAAAUGGUUGGUUCCUUAUCAUAAAAAGUUUUUACCACUGAUUAUGGUCGGCCUUUUUCCACAAGAUAACAUUCCAGUUCCGGUUCCUGUUCCAGAAUCCUAGUUUUUCCAGAUGCCCAUGUUUUACUAUAAUUUGUUCUGUGCUAUUCAUUAAUAUUAUUAUUGUCUGCACAAGAAUAUGAUAGUUUCUUCUUUGCCAGUUUCAUCCGUGAGAAUUAUUUGGUACAGCUAUUUUCUGCUCAUUUGAAAUUUUCAGAAAUUUUCAACUUCAAUCUGACAUUUGCCAUUUACCUUAAAUGUGAUUCUUAUUCUCUCUAUUGUAUUCUGCCAAAAAGGACCUUCCUAAGGAAUGUACAUUGCUUUGUGGAACAGCUGUUGGCUUGUUAUUGGGAAUCAUCUGCACAGAGCUGAAGAUAUUUGUCUCCACUAGGGAAUCCAUUAUACAGCUGCUGUUAGUAGCAGGUAAGAUGAGUAUUUUUAUUUUCUUAUUUCCAUUUUGCUAUUUUUAUUUAACCAAGCUCUUUGUUUCCCAUAAUUAUGUCUUUAUACUCUGUUAUUCCUCAUCCCCUAAGGGGUAGUCUCUUGAAGCCAUGCAGCCUUUAAGACUUUACUUCUUGUCGCGAUUUAUGGCUUUGACUUUCUUUUUCUCCCUUUUUGUAGACUCUCAGCUUGAUCAAGGUCUUGUUUGAUCUCUUCAGUGUCUUUUGCUUACACUGUGCAACUUCUUUUUUGCCUGAGUUCUCCAAUAUCAAUCUUUCUCUUAAUCCUUGAUUUUGUCUGCAGAUGAUUCUUGGAGUUAACAGCAUAAAUUGGUAUUUGUUAUUGUUUUAAUGUUAGGAGCAUGGUUGUUUAACUAAAGGGUAAAGACUGGUAGUACAUAUUGUUGAUUGUAGGUGCCUCUUCUGUGGAAAACCGAGAAGUUACGAAUCCUGGCAUCUUGAAAAUUGGUUGUUUCAAAUUUAGACUGCCAGCAGCAAAGUACAAACCCACCACACAAUUAUCCAUUGUUAUGGGUAUAUUGAAGUCACAAAAGAACAAAAUGCUUCUGGCUACAUACAGUGAAACACUCCACAAGGUAUGUCUUUAUUAAAAAGUAAGGAACUAUUUUGGCUUAAUAGUCCUUAACUGUCAGGAAGGCACAUAACACAGUCAUUUAUGAAUAAAAUAAAUUUAUUUGUAACUUUUUAAAAAGGCAUACUGCCUCAGUGUUUCACAAUUGUAACUUAUCAAAAAAACAUUAAAGGAAACUGAUGAAUUUUUUGACAGGAAUAGGCUUUAAUAUCCAAUGACGGGCUUUUGAUAAGAUACGGUACAGAUAAUACAUUUUUACGAUCUUAUAAUGGAGUUAGUUAGAAAGGUAAAAACAGCCUCUGUGGCUUAUAAUAGAUUUAACGCCAGAGGUGCUCAAAGACACACAGGUGUAAUUCAAUUUAACAGGUUUCUGAAAAUUUGUGUACCCAGGAAGAAAGUAAAAAACAAACUACCCUUGUAGAGGGACUGCUCUUCAAAACCAUUUAUGACCUUUGCUUCGAGAGCAAGAAUUCACCAGUUCACUACUUGGCUAUUGAAGGUAACUUGCUAAUCUUGAAAACAUUGGUGAGCGUGACCAUAAACAAACAUUUACAUAUAGUUGAAUAUCUCUUUAUAGCUAUCCAAAGUCUACUGAGGCAUGCAAUAGCUUAAAAUGUUAUUUGUGUAUCCACAAUGCUCCUUUUUCAACAAGUGCUCGUGCAUUCCUGAGCAAACUGGAAUUUUGAUGUUUUGUUUUAGAAGAAAGGAGAAAAUACCCAUGCAAUCCUAACUUGGAGAAGAUCCUCGUGGACCAAGGGUGAUAACCAAGAACAAACUGAACCCACAUGUAACAUAGCCCGGGCUAGGAUAUGUCCUCCAGUGGCUGCUCCACCCUCACCCCCUUCUUUGUCUGUUGAACUUAAACAUUGUAGAACCUAUUGGGUACUUUCCAUUGUCAGCCUGUUGAACCUGAUUAUUAUACAUUUUACUCAUAUCUGUCUUCUCAUUGGCUGGGAGCCUACAGUUAAUUCUGGAAACCAGCACAACCUACAGAUUAGUUUGUUAUCUGCGUGCAGAUUAGUGACUAAUCUGUAGGUUGCAUGCACAGUGCAUGAUUUUCAAGAACAAUGUCAAACUCUGUGUGAUGAUGGUGUGUUUGUGGUUAUUUUCUUCAAACCAAUGUAUAAUAAAAUUAAUAUUAGAUUCGGUUUGUGUGAUGUCCAGAACUGAAUCAACUGAAGGUCUGGGUAAGUGUUAUCAGCCUUGGCCUUUGGCUUGGCUGGUAACACUCACCUCAACCGUGAUUAAUCUGGAAAUUACAAAAACCUCACCCUAUAAUUGUUUAUUGAAGAGGGAUGUAAAAAGAAAGUAAAAUGAAUGCUACUAACUACUGACUUGCCAGUGCUUUGCCUUAGCUAGUAGAGGCUUGACAUUUGUUUCGUUUGUUUAUUCCCAAAGCCAUGAGACAAUGGUUGCUUUGUAUCAAGAAUCUGUUGCAAUGCAGUGUCUUUCCUAAGGAUAGUACAUGGCUGACAAGACUUGAUUCUUUUCAUGCAAGUCAUCUUAUUGAUGUUAUUUGGAAAAAUCUUGAAGACCCAGUGAGUGAAGUGGUUGGCAAUCACUUUUCCCAUUUUCCAUUUUCUGCUGUGCUCAAUGACUGUUUGUGAGCAGUGACUUGCAGUGUUUUUCCCUUUUUUCCUGCUCAGGUUGGUUUUGAGCUAACCUGUCACCAGUUGGCACCGUUAAGGUUUUUUCAAUGUCCUAAUAAGUUGCUGUAAAGUCUAUUCAAGAACUGAAACAGUUUCUUUUUAACAUUUCAGAUUUUUUACAACUGUUUGGCACUAUUAACAAAUAUCAUAAACAGUCUGGCUAUUAAAGAACGUUGGAAGAACAAAAACGGAAAAACAAAUUAAACAAAUGAUGAAAAGUUAAAUGUGCAAAGUGACGGAAGUAGGUUAAGCUUUUGGUUUGCUCACUGCCAAGUGCAGGUGUAGACAAACAUAAACACAGUCACACAAGCGUUGGAGAGUCUGUCACUGUAAAGUUCUAGUUUAAGUUUGCUCUAACUUUCAUAUGGUCAAACUCAGUGUUUCAACAACUGAACCCUGUAGCAUUUCUUUAAAGUUGUACUAUAUGUUAAUUCCUAGAUAGAUGGUGUGCCGUCUCUGGUUGUUACAUUGUUUGGAAUGUUACUCGAAUUACACAAAAAGGAAGAGGCUCUCAAAAGUUCAAGUGAUGAACAGGUUAGAAACUACAGAGGGUUAUUGGGACUGGAAACAUAAGCUACCAAAAAAAUUAUAACAGUAUUCUGAGCUAUGAAUAGCACAAUUCGCAAACUUAGAAAAUGCAAGACUGCAUGUUUUUCCAUCUUUAUAAUACUCGAAAAUUUUUAGGAUUUAUUUAAAGAUAUUGAGGUAGGAGCAAACGAAAAAAUAACAAAUACUAAAAAUUUUACGUGGGUUUUAGAAGAACAAAUAAAAAAGGGUCAGACGUGAAUUGCUGUGACCCACUUUCAUGCACACUAAUCUUCUCUUGUUGGGGCCAUACACGUUUUUGUUCAAACUGUACAGUCCUGUGUAUUAAUGAUUUUAGACCCGCUUAUUAUGAGGGCCCUUUACUCACGUGUGAGUUAUGCAAAUCAUUUGCAGUUGGGAAACAAACUGCUUUGAUUUCCAUCUAAUUUGGCAGCGUUUGCCUUUGUCAAUAACCCAUUUUUAAAUGGCGAAAAUAAAUACAGCAAUAAUAAAGCAAAAGCAAAUGUAACUACUUCUGAUUAUUUUCACAUGGAUUUAAUAUUAAUUGAUGAAUGCUUAGUUUAGAAAAAGAGCAAUGCACUUAGAAGUUAACAUGAAAUAUUUAUCCAUUUGCAACAAACUUUGCACAUUUUCAGACAAACCGAAGUUAAAAGCGUCUUGCAAUUCUGUAGCAUGUCUCCUCCUGUAUAUUAUAAUAACCAGGUUUCUUAUGUUAGCGUGGUUGUUCUCUUUACUGCUGCCAAUUAUUUCAACAUGACGGUUUCCAACAAGAAAGCUCUUGCUACUUCGGACACCGUACACAAAUGAACUUAAUGUCUUUUAGUUAAUUAUUAUUUGUCAGCUACUUUAUUUUCCUACUACGUACACUUAUGUAAAUAUCUUAUAUAGUGUGAAUAAAGAAUUGAAUUGAAUUGAAUUGAAUUAUACCUAGUCAUUUUGCCACACUUGAAUUUAUUGUUUCAGUUUUAUGAGGCACUCACAGAAAAGGCUCUUGGUGUUGCUUGGCACGUGAAAGGGAGAUAUGGCUUGAUCUGCGCACUUCUGCCAUAUGUUGGACUUCAACAGGUUACCUAUUUGAAUGUACAGUUUGGGUUUAAAUAUGUUACGUGGAUGAUAUUAUGUGGCCCUCCUGGAUGUAGGAAAUUUCUCUUUGAGUAUUGAAAAACAUUUCACAAGUGAACCUAGUAGACGACCAAAAUAUAUUGUCAACAACUAUUUAUGUUCUUUAAAACCUAUUUUUCUCAUCUGUUUUCAAGUAACAUUUUUAUAUUCAAACCUUUGUUGUACCCGACGUCCACUUUUUAUUUAAUUAAGUUUCAACCAUUAUUUGCAGCACUUUUUUUCAUCAAAUAAAGUUGAGAAAGAUGGAGUGGACCUAAAAAAAUCCCUUGUGUUUGUAAAAGCAGCCUUCGUAGUCAUGCAGUAGAAACGUAAUAUAUAAUUUCUAAAUCAAGCGGCAAAGUUAGAGUAGUGACAGAUUUAUUUUUUUGCCUAAAGAAUAUCCCGCAUAGGUUGUCUUCUUCAUGACUGGUUCCAGUCAGUGUGUUCAUCGCUUAUUGUCACUGCAAGUGUGGUUAGUUUUCAAUUUUUUUUUUAAAAAAAAGUUUUUUGUAAGGUGACUUUCUAUUUUCAGAUCAUAGGUAAAAGCCCUACUAUCUUAGAUGACAUGAUUCACUGCCUUGGAGUGAAUCAACUAACCUCACCCUCAACAAGUGCAUUCAAGGCUUUUCUCGAAUGGGAAAGGUAUACCUUGAUAUUAGUUAAGUUUUAGAAUAUUCUCUCCGUUUUUCUCAAAUUGUUAUGGUAACUUUGCAGGAAACGUUUUGUGGAACUUGUUGCAUGCGGGGGGUAAUUUUUAAGCCACUUAAAUCAUGUGUAACAUCUGCCAAGGCUGCCGUUAAUUAAUGCUUCGUUUGCAGUGGUCUAAGCUUACUUAAAGUCACAUUCUUAUAAACAGUGGAAUUUAGAGCAGUGACGUCACGUUCGUCUAAUGCCACAUAAAUCCGUGCUCUGAUUAAAGGUGUAUAAUCUUUGUGUGAUUCCAAGUGUACUAGGCGGUGUCUCCCUCUCUCAUGUUUCCCCUGUCAGUUCCAUUCAAUGGCUGUCUUGGCUUCAUGUCUGUCUGGUCUCCUCAAGGUGAUGUUACACGUUACGAUUCGCAACGAGGAUUUUUAGCGCAACACAGCGUUGCAAUGCUGGAACAAUGUAACCAUUCAAAACAAUGUCGCAACAAUAUUGCAACGCUGUGUUGCGCUAAAAAUCUUCGUUGCGAAUCGUAACGUGUAACAUCACCUUCAGUAUGUGCGGCCAUGUUAUCUCCUUCUCUAUCGGUGGCUGCCUUGCCUGUCUCCACAACUCUUCAUUUCGGAUUCUUCAUGGCCACCAAAUCUGCAGGAUGCUCCUUAGGCACUUCUUAAUAAUCACCUGCAACGUUUGCUUCAGCUCCUGGGUCAAUCUACAAGUUUCUGCAUAUUCCUCGUUCUCAGUGGUAUGGACUGCCAUAUCAGUCUCAGCAUCAUGAACACCCUCCUCAGGUUCUCAGUGCGAGCCUGGGUGUCCUCCUAAGUUUCCCCUUCUUAGCCACUACACUCCAAGGUACCUGAACUCGCUACCUCCUCAAUUUGCUUCCUCGCAAUCAUUACAUCUUGACCCUGCUUGGAACCGACACGGAAACUUGUCUUUGUGGCAUUGACGUUUAAACUAACCUUCUCACUCUGUUCCUCCAAAGACGGGUCUUGUCCCGCGUAUACUGUGUCCUGUUACCUGCAGUUACCCUUGCUGUUUUUAGUCACUCUGGGUUUCGCUAAUGACCUGGAGAUGUUUUCAUGCCCUUCUGUCCAUUAUGUACAACCUACUCGGAAAAACCCAACGUACUGUGCAGAGCAAUGAUGAUGGUCGCUGUGAGGACAGGCUUUCCAUAAUGGCGCAACAGCUGCUAUAACAACCCUCUGCUAACACUGUCAAAGGCCUUUACGAAAACUCUAUAAAGCUGAUGUACACGGAUUGUACACUGUUCCGCCGUAAUUCUCAGCGUCGCUCUGUAGUCCAUACAGCUCCGACCAGCUUGAAAACCCUACUAGAUCAUUGACUAAUGCCGUUUUAAUCCCCUUAAAAUCACUCUGCAGAACACUUUACUUGUCAUGUUUAGCAUUCAGCAGCAUGAUGAUACGCCAGUUUUUUCAGUGGCUCUGGUGGCUAUUCUUUGGUAGCUUGAUCAACAGCCCCUUCUACAUCUCCUCCGCCACCUUCUCAUCGUUCCAUAUCUUUUCAACAUUUUUGUGUUCUGUAAAUGCAGUGACCCUGAAGGCACAUUCGCCAGUAUUAUUUUAUGGGUUGUGUCCACACUCUUUAUCGUGUUAAUCAAUUAAGUUUCUCGAAGUAAGUAAACACCCGUUUGUUAUUUCUGUAGAAGUCAUCAGGAAGGACCAGCGACAGGCAAGCAGGUAGACACCACAUUUGUUUCAUGCUCCUUUUAUGUUGGGGAAAACUUCACGUGUGUUCAUUUAACGUCCUGAUGAAUCUAAUGAAAUGAAUCUACAGUAUUCUUUGUCUUAAUGUAAUGAUAUGUGUUCCUUGUGGUCCUCCCAGUUUUAUGAUUCUCGUAGCUGCUCUGGUUCCCGUUUCGUGUUUUUUUGUAGUUAACUUGCUUCUCCUAGUUUACAUGAUUGUUUUUACGUUUAUUGGUUGGUUCUCCUUGCUCGAUCGGGGAAUUCGUUGUCUUAAUAACAGGUCCCCUUAGACUCCUCAGAGGAAGAAACUGACAAAAAGGUCUCUAUCAGACUUUUUGCUGGUUUGUAUGGUAGUUGAUGUAGUCUUGUGAAACAAGUUUCUUAUCUAGCAGCCCAUCUUACAUGCUUGAAAUAUUUCCCUAAAAUACAUAGAACCUGUUAGGAACAAUUUGCUUGGUUACCUGCGUUGUAAGUGAUUAAUGAUGUGUACUUUGCUUCUUAUUAAACACCAACUUCUCUACAGGAGCAAUCCAAGAUUAACAAAGACUGGCAAAAAACUUGGAAAGGUGCAUUGUAUAGAGCCUUAACCAGCAGAGAACGGUGAGCUAGUACGAGAUGAUUUCCUUCUCUGUUUUUUUAUUGUGGACAAAAAGGUUCAUUUUGAUAGUGUAGCUCUUUAGAUGAUGCUGUUGCUUUGUGCUUUUUGAUUGACAGUUUACUGCAACAGAAUACAUGUUUGUAUUGGCUGCCUUGUGCACUGAAGUGUUACCCUGAAUUACUUCACUCUUUACUUCAACAUCUAAGAAGUGCUUAUGAAAAGUGCGUUAGAGCAGCAGAAACAUCAAGGUGUUUUUUGGCUUACCUCUCUGUCUUAAAAGUCAGCCGUUCCCUGUCCCUUCUGCAGGCUGAAGACCUGGUAGGCACAUUUACAUUAUAGAUUUACUGUAAAUCGUUUACAGAUUCUCUGUAGAAUAAUUCUAAUUACGGGGCUAAUUAGAAGAACUGAAGUUUGUUAUUGUCUCGCCAGUCAACUUCAACGCUUAAAUUGGACCAGUUGUCACGUUAAUUGAAUGAAAUGGAGUGACUUGACAACAAGUGAUAAUUACUAGUGUACAUGAACAGCUUCGAUUUUGACACAGCCCACUCUAUACAUUAGGAUGAAGCUGCUUUGCAUCAAGGAUUGACUCAUUUAGAAGAUGACAUCAGAUCAACUGCCCUUUCAGUCAUUAGCUUUACACCCAAGACUGCUGGUAAGUAAAGUCUCUGUUAAUAUACGAUUCAUUAGUAGAGUCACAAGCUGAUAGAUUAUUAUCGGAUUCCCUACUUGAUGCACCACUGUAGGAAACAAGGUUUCUUUUGAAUUCUUUGUGGAAUAUAAAACUCUCCUCGUGUUUUAGGUUCGGUAUUAUUUGGCUUAACAGGUCUGAGUUCUCCAUACUGGUGCUAGUGUCCUUUUAACCCAAAACACCUAAGAGGACAAUCGCCAAUACCCGUUUUUAACAUCUAUUGUAGUAAAGCAUCUUGUGACUGAAAAAACUAUCCUUGACAGUUGGCAGCAGAUAGUUAUUCCUCUUCAGAGCCCGAUUUCGUGGCUUUCACAGCCAAACACUGCAGUUCAUGUUCACAGCAAUUGUUUAAGUUUAUACAGUAGGGGCAUUCUGGCCUUGUCUUUCCGUUCCUAUUAAUACUUUCUCACUUGCUAAUUUUCAGAACCCUUGUCGGAAAUUGAACAGAAGCUCCUGCGUGAAUUUCUUCCUUUUAACUUGAACACUGCUUCGGCUCCAUUUCGACAGACGUUGUUCGUAUCUCUGAAAAAGAUUCUUGGCAGAGUGCGAGACAGUAGGUUUGUAUGCUGCAAAUUGUGUAAAUUUAGAUUUAAAAAAUGAUGGUGAAUUAUAAUGUAAUGAGUUAUGAUUUUUUUUUCUUUCCAAUGAACAAAAGCCUUAUCCUGUUGAAAGAACACAAACCAAUCAUCAGCCAGGAAAAAACAUGCCACUCUUCUUCCAUCAAUCAGCAUUCUCUUCAUCUGUCUCUAAAAUCAAUGUUUGGUGAGUGUCCAGCAUCUUUAUAUCUUUAUAGCCCCCUUUCCCAAUAUUUUUCUUGGGCCAGGGGAGGUUAUUACUGUUUGGCUAUUGCCCUUACUCAACAAUUUUCUAUCCUUUCUUGAUAUGUUUUGGAAGUUAUGAACUCAAGUCCCACCAUUGUCUGGGUUUGUUAACUUAAAACCUUUAAUAAAUCAAAGGGGGCUAAUUUUCUUUCACAUUAUUAGGGAUUAGUUCAAUAAAACUACAUUAAAACAAAGAGUCUGACUGGCUGACAGUUAUUCAUAGUUUGGCUGGGUUCCUCACACCAGUUUAAGCGUUAUGAAGAAAACUUGCUCUAUGUUCACGUAUUUGAAGAUACUGUUUUGUGCACGUGACAUGAUUAUGUGGCAGAGUUUGUGACAUGGCUGUAUGAUGUCGCUGUCGGAUGCUUUUUUCCUGGAGCUACCUAUCAAAGACAAAAGAGUGGUAAGAAACUGUUUAUGUUUUUCAACGGGUUAUCUAUUACAGUUAGGAAGUCAUAAAAAUCUAUACAGCACUAAGGACUAGAAAUUUUCUUGAAGGUGUAAAACUAGAAUUCCGUUACUGCCCAACGUGGUUGGUAUGGUAUGUUUAAUCUGUUUUUGUACAUUUUAGAAAAACGUGCUGCAUUUGUUUAUUUACUUAUGGUCUUCGACCUUUUGUCAUAUUUAUGUACUUUAACACUGUACCUUGCGGGGAAAGUGAGUUUUCAAAAUGAAUUGCGCCUCCAAAAUCGUACAUUCUUAUAGUAAAAUUGUAACCAGCCCAUGUCUCACCAUUUUCUAGGCUAGUCUAGUGUUCUUAUUCCAACAAGUACUUGUUUCCCCUCCUUACAGUAGUAUAGUCCUCACGUCUCGUGUCCUUAACGAACAUGCUUGUGUCCCCACCACCUGGUACUUGCAUUUCCACCUCCAAUACCUCUUUUCCUGACUAGUUACAUUCCCAGUCAAAGUUUUCGGGGACAAAUGUGCCCAGAGUUUGUUAAGGUUUUACCUCACUUCGUCACCAGUCAAACAUUAAACCUUGAGAUUUAGUUGCCAAGCUCCAGUCCCGCAUGAUCAGUCAGGUUAAUGUACUAACAGAAACAUUCAUGCCAUUUUCAUGCUGAUUAAGAUAGGGCACAUCUUGCAUAAAAGAUAUCUGUUUAUCGUCAUUUCCUAGCCAUUCAGGUUUUAGAAGCAAUUUUGGAGGUGUUUUGGGCAAAAUGGCAACCAGACAAGAAAAAAGGCCAACCACCAGGUGAGUCAAAAGAGACUUCCUUUCUGUGUGUGAGCUGUUUGUGAUCAAUCCAUCAUCCCGCAGUGUCCCAUGAUUAUUUAGAACUGUCCCGUUCUGGUUUAUUAAUACGAUUUAUUAGGUAGUGAUAUUUAAAAUGUUGUCAUGUAUUUCUGUAGUUUGUUUCGUAAUUCUGGUAUUGCCUUCUAUUCUUCACAGCUUCUUGCCACAUACUACUCUCUUUGGCCAAUCAACAUGGCUACUUAAAGUUCUUUUCUCCCAGGUGAGAAUUAGCUUUUUAAUAGCCUCUGAAAAAGUUAAUUCCAGGUGACUGGUGUACUAACACCUUUUAGGUAUUCAAUACAGCAUCUGUAACUAAAAUUACAACUUCUUCUGUAACGAAGACUACUCACUAAAAUGGUCAGGGAGGAAGCAAUUGUUAAAGCAACUAUCAUGAAAUGCUUUCAAGGGCGAAGUUUGAUAUUUAUUCCUAAAAUGUUUGGUUUUUGUUUGUCGUUAGGUGUAGUGUAGUCUUGUGUGGCUGUAUUGAGAGUCCAUAUCCAGAUGUAAGUAAUGUUUGUUAAAAGGGCCGUGUUAUUCUAUCGUUUCUUCACGUGCUGAGGUCCGAGGUGAUUCCACCCUGCAGGACCCCUCAGACUGCACAGAUCAUUUGAAAUACGAACAGAUUAAUUUUAAUCAUCGCGUGUUCAUAUGUGAAAUAAGUUGUAAUGAUAAAAAAAAGAAACAAAACAUUUACCUCGUUUCAUUAUCGAGCUCCUCAUCUUGUUUCAAUAUUUGUUGCCAUACAAGGAAGCCGACGGAGUUGCAUUAUAGUGAGCGCUUAAACACAGAAACAUAGACAAACAGAUAGACUGAGAGACAUUUGCUGAUUAUUCUAUGGUCGACUUAAGCGAUUUAAGUUGAAUAUGAUUGUGAAUCUUUAGAGGCAGGCCUAAUACUACGUGCAACAGAAAAGCGUCUUAGCUUGGUGGACUUUUUUUAGAUGAGCUAAGAUGUUUGUCAUUACAGAUUCGAGGCACGGGAGUAUAUCUUCUGAAGGAAUACUUUCCAUGGCCACUGAUACUGUCCGAGGAUGAUUCCACCGGCAUAUUGGCUGCGCGUAUGCUUAUACGAAAGGCCUUUUCAUUAGCAAGAAGCCCUAGAGUGCAAGACUGUGAGUGUGCAGCCGUUCUGUUUCAGCUAAUGUAUCUCAGGUUUGUAUCCACUAUCUGAAGGUAGUUGUUGUUAGCGAUAGUUGACACAUAUUCAUUUAUUGACAAUGGUUUGCUUCAGAGGAAGCCUUGUCAGUGGUGUUUGUCUUCAAUAAAUGGAGCGCAAAAUGUUUUUGGUCAUAAUCAGCCAAUUUCAUCUCCCCACGAUGGAUGACAAACUAAAUCCUGGACCAAAAGUUCAUCUUAAAACAUCUUGAAUAAACAGUUCUUAUUUAAAGUGGGAUUAUCGAUGGAUGUUGCGUUAAAGAGCACAACUGAUAAACAUUUCCCUGGUAUACCACACGACUUUAUAUUAUUGCGGGUGACAAGAGCAGUCUGCAAUCCUAAUCUCCAGGUUGUUAUUACGCAUGCGUCGCAUGUAUGUAGCCAGCAUUCGUUUAGACUUCCACUAAGAAUGUAUGGAAUGCACAGAACGCACUUUGAUCACGCACGUUUGGACCUUCUAUCACUCGUUAUCUGAUCACUAGUGUUUUGACCAUCUGUCACGUGAAACUUAAGCAAAGCACAACCCUGGAGUAAAAGCGUUUUGACCUUCGAUCGUUAGGAACCUUAAGGAACGACAACGAACGGACGACGACGACGACGACGCUGCAACCGAGCUAGACUGAUUCAAGGGUUUCGUUUUCGGCGGGGAAAACGAAGUUGAAGCGGUGCAGCUUCCCUGACAGACGAUGGUUUUUCGACGACGUCUUCUUUAGUCUUAUUAUUAUGGCAUUCAGAGACCUCCAUGACUAUGGUUUAAUCCAUGAUGAUGAACUUACUGAAAUCACAGAGGAAAACUCACAUAUCCUUUCGACUGGUUGCUCCGCCACGACAGCUAGAGUUUCAGUCAAACUGAUAACCCCAAAGAAACAUUCUAGUUAUUAAGCGAAGAAAUGGAGAAAGCGCUAAACCUUUAAAUUUCGCUAAUCUACAAAGAAUAUAUUUCUAUUUUUACUGAAUUUCGAGGGAAAAAAGUAUGAUUUGCACGCAUAAAGCAGAAUUUUAUACUUACGUUACAGCAAACCUCACUGACUUUCGUCGUCGACAAAAGCCUGACGACGUUUCGACAACCUUACCCAUGGGCACAAGGUUCGCUAGGGAAAAUUUCACUUCCGGUCGGCUUCGUCGUCUCAUUUCUUCCUCGAAGCUUAAGUUCCAUGUUGUCGCCCGCAUUUCGUAACCUUUGGUUAUUACUAGUUUAAUUGAAUUAUAUGUUUUCGUUUGAAGGUAUGCCCUGGAGGUGGGGUGGGAAAUGAAAUUAUCAGAUGUGGACACGGAUCCCGUAAUCAUCGAUGGAACAUUGCUUGGCGAUGAAAGGCCCUGCAGUUCAGUUAAACUAUUACAGCAGUUGUUGGUAGUGUUAAAACUACACGUGGAAGCUACAGAGAAGGACAUUAAGGUUGCUGCACAAAAUGCACCAGGCCAUGGUAAGUAAGCUAGGAGAAGGGAACAUGUUUUGAGGGGGAGCCUGGUUUACUUGUGACAUUCGUCGAACCAUUUUGAUUGCCUUCAACACACCCAGCUCUCCUGUUGCUUAGUUAUGCGUCAAAAUAUGAAUCACCUAGAUCUGUCGGUUAAGCAGCGAUGUAUUUUCCCAGUUAUUUAUCCAAUCACUGGUUAAUAAAGUGUAAGGAUUCCUUGUUUUAGUUUUUUGCCUUGUUUUUGAAGUGUUUGGUUUAGAGGAAGAGAGCGUAAAUUUUUCUUCCAAGUAGGUAAAAUAUUUUUACUUUUUUGAAUUUUUGUUCUUUUAUAUUAUGCAGGCAUUUCCUUGGCUUUGGCGCAUUGCAUUGAGGCUGGAUUCUGUAAAGAUGUAGAAUGCAGGGAUCAUCUUCAGAUUCUAAUUAAAGACACUGUUGAUACAGCUGUUCAUAUUAUUUAUUACAUGCUGGACAUGCUGUCAGGGAACCAUUCAACAGAAGCAAGUAUGGCAUUCUUCAAUGAUGGGGCUUUCGUUACAAGGGUCUGGGUUUAAUGAAGAGGACAAUGAAUUUCCUCACAUCUAAGGCUGGCGAAAGCCUUAGAAGGUCAAUAAUAUUUAUGCCCCGAACUUGUUAAUACAACUUGCCGUUUGAAUCAGCGAAGUAAUGCAUUUACAAUUUCUGCAAAUAGCGUUGUAUCCCUUACAUGUCAUGCGAUAAUAUAUCAUUGCUUUACUUGGUGUUUCAGGGAAUGGGUCCCAUAACCUCCACCCCCGCCCCCCACAACUCCCAGUCACUGCCAAAGUUACUGCUAGGGAAUCUUCAAGCAGUGUUAUAAAAGUACCUUUAAGAAGAGAAAGGAAAAAUGAUUAUAGUUUUACCGGUUUUUAUCCUUUUAGUGAUUGAAUUUUUUAACUUUUUGUUACCUUUAUUAUUGUCACUUAGUUGGUGGGGCAUCGUUUGCUGAUAUCGGACAAGCUCUUGAGGAAAUAUUAUCGCUAUCAGAAAUGGAUGUGGAAACCGAGGAUGUUCAGUCCUCCAAAGACGCUGUUAUUUCAUGUUGCUGGCUUCAUAUCAAGGUCAGACAUUCUAAUUUUGUUGCUUAUUGAGUACGUCUACUGCUUAAGUUGUCUGUGGCUAAAGUAUCCAUGGUAACAUUGAUAAAAUGAUCAGGGACACUUAACUUACAAUUUUACAUUUCGUUACAGUUAAUCUACACGAAACUCAUAAUUUAAGUACAUUUUUCUGCAGUGUGCAUGUCACCUUCUGGCAGCUAUUUUUGAAAAGGCCUCCAUGCAUCUGGAUUGCGUGUCAAAAGCGAGAGUAGUAAGUGAAGAAACUUUAAAGCUGAUGGCAGAAACAACAUGGAAAGUUAUUAUACAGUGCAGACACCAGGUACCAACAUUUCUCGCGUAUAAUCGUUUGAUAACUUUUGUCAUUAUCUACUCAUACACAGCCAAACCUUUGUUAAGCGGUCAGCCUUUGAAAAUGGCUAACUCACCGCUCACUGCAGACUGACCUAAAGAUACUGAAAAUUAUUUGGUGGUACCCCGGUACUUAAUACAGGUUUUUCUGUAGAGUGUUUUCAUUCGCAUGGCCAGCACUAUUGUUAAUAUAUUGAAACAAAAGAAAUUGCCUAAAUCAUAAAAGUUUGACUCCCACCAUAUUGGUCUGGUGCACCAAAUUGGCCAGUGAAAGGUAUUUGUUAAAUAUAGCGUUUAACUGGAAAGAUAAAAUGUUGUAAUACUUUUCACUUUACACUUUUCAGUUUUCAGUUUGUACGGUUUAAAUAAUUUUUAUGUUUUCCAUUUGUCAAUCUUAGCUAAAGUGUACGAAAAUAUUCCAUUUUCUCCUCAGGGAGUUGUCCAACAUUGCAGAGGAAGUUUUGUAAGAAUUUGUCAGUGUUUAUUCCGAUCAUCGCAUCCUUGUCUUCAAACAUUACCAAAGAGCUGGUUAGAUGAUGUGUUGAGUACAGUGUCUUCAGCAAGCUCUGUAACGUCUGUUACUAGACGCAGGUAGUGGAACCGUACUUUACUGACUUUGUAUAGUGUUGUACGUCAGCAGAAAGUUUCCUCACAGCUGAUGAAAUGAUGUGUUGAGCACAGUGUCCUCAACAUGUUCGGUAUCGUCUGUCACUAGACGCAGGUAACCAUUUCAUCCUUUGUAAGGUGCUGUCUUAAUCAAGCCUGAAAGGGAGGUGGCGUAGAGUAAGAGAGACAGUUUUUUUUACUUUACAUUUAAUAUCAUUUCAAACCUAAAUGUAGUAAUAGUUCGUAUCAAUAAUUUUGAUUACUUCGUAUAAAGGGGCUUAUUUUUCAUUUUCUUUACUAGCUCCUUACGACCAUCACUAACAUCUCUUUGUUUUUCAGUGCUGGUUUGCCUGUGGUUAUCUGUGUUGUUUUGUCCUGUGAACAACCAUCAAAUCAAAGACCUUUGUUACAGCAGUGUAUGGAGUCACUUCUUAAUACUGCAGCCUUACCUCUUCCAUCGGUUAUUGACCAACACAACGAUCUUCCUCAGGUAUUAAAAGUCUUUUGUAUAUAUAUUAUUUUACAGUACAAUGCAUCAGUGUUAUUCAUUUGAAUUUUUUUUUUGGAAACGCAGGUACAUGCCAUUAACAUAUUAAAGGCUCUUUACCAAGAAGCAUCCCUGGGUCCUUCAGUGCUGCAGUAUGCCUCAAAGGGGACCAUUAUGGCCGUCAGUGGUUUUGCAUCUUCGUCAUGGGCCGUCAGAAAUGCUUCCAUGCAGUUAUUUGGUAAGAGGUUUACCCUUUCACUGCUAGAGUGAAUGAUGGAGUUUUGUAAGGUAGCUCUAACUUUUAUGUCUGUAGACAAACCCAUGGUGUGACCAUUCAAAUGAAAUCUCUUUGGAAGUACUUUCAUGGGGUGCUAUUUGUUUUUAAAAGUUUUACGAAAGGAAAUUUGGGAUUUUUGUUGAAUUUGCUUUUGGUCACAUUUGGCAGUGAAAGGGUUAAUACAAUACAUACAGUGAAGUCCUAAGACAGGAGCCAAUUAAAGUCAAUCACUGCUUUACUGACACCCGCUUAAUGCGUACACCUCAUUAUUACGGACAGUCUUUAUGGCAUUGAGUGUCCGUAUUGACGGGACUUGGCAGUACAAUGUCAGGCAUCACGGAGAAAUCGACCUUGUGUUUUAUGAAUAUUUAGGGAAAGAUGGGACUUCGGGCAAUGAUCUUAAUUUGGUCACCAGCGAAGUUGCAAAAGUAUUUUCAGUUUCUUUUACAUCAAUUUCCCGGCUUUUCCUUAUCGAGAUGAAACAAGUGACUCAUAAACUAAAAAAAGACGACUCCAUUCCCCACAAUUCUAUCUGCAAAGAACAUUUAAUUGCCUAUUAACUGAGAUAUAUCCCAGAACAACCAGAACUGAUCUAGGGCUAGGUGUUGUACAAGUGUGUGAUCGAUAAGGCACUUGAUUAACAGUAGCAAAUGGGUGUAUAUGGAAAAUCUCGCUCUGUACCAAACGUAUCAUCAUCUUCGCGAUAUACUAAAGCAGUUUUACUUGCGAAAGUGAUAUAUUAAGCAUUGCUUGCGUGGUUUCUAGACAUUAGUAAGGUUUCUACAAUUUUGAAUUAAAAUUUUGAUGAGAAAACACUUCCAUGUGGUAUUUAUUAUGUAUAUGCUUAUUUAAGGUUCUUUGGUAAAACGUUUACUUGGUCAUCAGAGAGGAGCAGACGAUGAUAGUGAAAGGAACACGAUCAGCGCCAGGGACUUUUUCAUCAGCCAUCCUGAUCUUCAUAACUUCUUUCUCAGUCAUAUUCAGUCCACAGCAGAUCCUAUCUCCAGUCCGCUCUCAUUAUGCCAACUGCAGCCAAAGCCUGAAUUGUUUCCAAUUUUGACUCUUUUAUCAAAACUGCACCCGUGCCCAAAAGCUGACGAAAGGUAGGUAUUAUCCUUUUCUCGUACUCAUAUUUCAGUUAUGUGAGAGGAAAUGAGCCUAAAGUAAUGAAUAAAAUUAUCGUAGUCUGGUAUGGCAGUAUCCCAGAUUUCCUUGUGAAUAAUAGUUGUCAUAGUCUGAAACUCAGUCUGAACAGAGAUGUCAAGAAGUACAGACCAAUCGAUGCGCGAACCUUUGAACUUGGUUUGUACCUUAUGCACUUUUCUCAUUCUACUGACUCAUUGUGUUUUCCUUCUUUAGUUCAUCCAGUCUACUGUCCUGCUUUGUGCCCCACAUUAUUUCUCUGUCUUCCUGCCCGUCCUAUGCGGUGCGUGUGGUUGCUGCAAAAGCUUUGGUACCAUUCAUUCCCACUGAUCGUUUGUUGGACACAGCAAAGGAACUGGUCGCACGGCUGCCUUCAGGGUUGGCAGCUUUUUCGCAGAACUUUCUACACGGAACACUGCUCCAAAUUCGCAUUCUUCUGGAAGCUGCCAAAUUGUAUUCUUCAGGAAAGAGUGAUGGUGACUUCCUAACGGAAAUGCUAAAUAAAAUCUGGAUUUGUACCGCACGUAACCCUUGCUAUUUAACUAGAGCUACCUUCCUCAGCAUAAUCACUUCGUUUGGCCUUCCGCUUAGAAGAGAUUUUGAAUUUGGUAAGUUUUUUUUUCUAUUGUCGCGAUUGUUUUUAAUAGCUUUGUCUCGUACCUGUAUAUUUUCGUCAUUUUAAAUGGCUGGUUCAUUUUGAAGGGAACUCCACAGUAUUGUCAUAUUAAAUUGACACUACCUGUUUUUUUGAUUCGGAAUUCCAGUUCUUUUUCUAGCUAGUCGAAAGAUACAGUUAAAAUAUUGGAUUGGAGUGUGUAGGCUAUUUCCGCCUUUCUUAAAUAUUUCUCGGCAUGUCGACAAUUGAUUUUUUUGAAUUGAUUAUGAUAAUGACGCAUUUAGCUGCCGCUAUUGUGAAGAAUCGGUGUUCUUUUGUGCGCAACAUUAAAGUCAUAAAAAAUUAUUUGAUGGCGCGUAAUUUUGUUGCAACAUACGUUGUAACAGGGCCUUUAGCAAAAGAAGUGAGAUAUUUUGACCUUGUUGUCGUAACAUAAAGGUUUCUUUGUGGGAAGAAUCACACUGUUUAGUAAUGCUCAACCAGUUCCAGCUCAUCUUCGGUUUAAUUUCAAAACAAAUAUUGUUAUGUGUUUCCUGGCAGAUUUUGCAUCACUUCAGUCCAUAGUUGUAAACAGUCUUCAGGCCUUAGACUGUGAAUCAAUUCACUCCCUGCUUGGUCAUUCUCAAUGGGUUCGUGAAUUAGUGACAGCCUACCUAGAGCUUUAUUUUCAACGUUCUCGCUGUGAAGGUAAGUAUAUGAGGUUCUGUUUCGAGACAGGUGGGAAAUUCAGAUAAAAGGUUGUUUUUUUCUGUAAGUUAAGAUAUAUGCUUAAGGAGAGAUUAAAGUCAAGUUGGUUGAGUUAACGAAGACGCGCCAACAUUCGUUGUAUUUUUUAGUGUUUUUGUUUGGAUUAACUUGAUAUGUGAUCUUGAUUUCAAUCUUUGUGAUUUUUUUCUUUCAGGUACCAACUUUUGUGAGGAGGGCGGCCUGUUAUCACACCUUCUAUCAUCACCUUUCCUCGAAAUUAAACUGGUUUGCUUGCAAUAUUUAUCCAAAGAGUAUCUUAUAAACGAAACGCCUCUUGUACUACCAAACUCAUUGCAGUUGGAUCUAGCCAACCUUUUAAUUAAAGAUGUGGACUAUUCUUGUCUAAUGCUGGCGUUAGACAUCUUUGUUGAAGUGUUUGGUCGGCCAGACAUGUUGAAGUUGUCUUCUGUCGAUUUAGAAAAACUCUGGACCAAGAUAACAAUGUGUGCCAGAAAGUCAUGUGGCAUAUCUGUAGCUGGUAGAGCCAUCCCUGCCUGCGGUGUAAUUCUGAAUCAUGUAAUGGAAAUACGUGGCAGGUUAGAUGUGGCAGCCAAGUUGUUUGAUUGGAAAGAAUUGGUAUCAUGUUAUUGUCAGUGGGAUCAAGAUGAACUGUUAAGGCUUGGUGCUGUUCAGGGAUUAAAGCAUGCCGGCAUCACUCUACUACAGUGUGCAUCGACACCAGGUCAAGAGCUGUAUUUCUACAAGGCUGCAGUCAGGUAAGAAGUUGACUUAACUGUUUGUUGUUUUGCGCUGAAACGAAGUGUCCUGGAAUUUGUUUCGUUAAAAAGGCAAUUUUUCAACCAAGCGAAGUUUCUUAAAAGUUACCAACAGUAUAAUAGGGACCGGUUAGACCAUUUUUGCGUAGGAAUACAUCGGCGCCGAUGACGUCACAGCGUUUUGUCUUUAUCUCGUGAAGAAACUGCAGGAGAAUCUCAUUAAGAUAAGAUCAAGCGCUAUUCUAGGGGGCUUAACCGGUUUGAUAAGUUAUUUUAUAUUUAUGAUUCUAUUGUGUUAUCUAGAUUAUCAGACCGAUUUUGUGUCAGUGGUACGGCCCUUGCUUGGUGUCGAGGGUAGUUAGUCGUCUACGCGUACCUUAACAGGUGGCGCUGCUCAGGGGUCGGUCUUGCGCCCCCCACUUUAUGUAUUAGACACCGCGCCCGUUGCAGACAUUAUGUAGUCUCAUAAUCUACAGUAGCACCUCUGUGCUGACGACACACAACUAUACGUCACCUUUAAGACCAGCUCUGAUGUAGAGGCAGCAGGCCUGUCCGGGGGGGCGAGGGGGGAGGGUUAAGGGUCGUGGAUAUUGACAGAUGGAUGAUUAACAACAAGUUAACGCCUGACGAGGAUAAAACAGAGCAAUGGUUACUUCCAUUCAAGAAGGAGUUGAAACUAUUAAACACCAGCCCUUUGUGACAAAUUCGGGAGUGAUACUUGACCAGGAUAUGGUAAUGGAUAAAUAUAUUAGUAUGAUUAUAAAACCUCCCAACACCAUCUUCAUCUUCGAAACAUAGGGAAAAUUAGAAAAUUCUUAGAUCAAGGUUCUGCUGAAACCUUAGUUUACUCCUUUGUUACGUCUAAGAGUGACUAUUAUAAUGCUCCUUUGUUUGGACUUCCUAAAUAUCGGAUCAAUAGGCUGCAAUUAGUAGUGAAGUACUGUUUAAAAAACGAGUGUAUUAUAAGGUUUCAAAACUCGAAGCGAAGCCGAGAGUUGUUACACCUGAUAAUACACGACUGCGAGUUUUUUGAACAGCUUAUACGCACUAUAGACAAAAGUGUCUUAGACGAGGUGAGAAAGCCAAAACAGGAAAAUUUCAACUUAUUUAAUUGUUUUUUUUCGUAAUAGACGCAUCUCUCCUGUCCUUAAAAGGGAAGAGAGAUUUUUUGUGCCGAAUGCCAAAAUGCUACUCACACCUCUGUUAAUGCUAAUCACACCUCUGUCUUUUAUCUUCUAGCAUUUUGCAUUCAACGUUGUUUUUGCUUCAAGAUGAGGAGGAAGACAUACGAAACACUGCCGCAACAUUUGCAGCUUUUAUUUCUGAGCCUGCCAGUAGUGUGACCUGUUCAGCGGCUAUACCACUAGUGCUGCAAUACAUGGUGGAACAUUUCUCCCUUAUUCCAGAGUGCUGGGUUGCCUUGGAAACCAUAACAAAGGGGCAAAAGUCUACAGAGGACGUUUUGAAAGUUUACGUUCGGUCGAAGUAAGAACUUUAGAAUUGAUUGUUUUGUUAAAUGUACACUAGCGUUUAUAUUUGUUAAAGAGGACGCGCGAUGCUAGUUAAAGGUUUCUUCGUAUUGUUUGAUGUUAUUAUUUGAAAUAAACUGACUGUUUCCUUGCCAAAUGAUUAUAGCGUCUUCAUGUUCGGCAUUGAUUCUUUUAGACAAAUGCUGUUUGAACAAGAGGACUCAAAUCUGUACGCUGAACCAGUAAUUUUAGCGAAAAUGGCGGUCGACUACCUCAAGGUUUGUAGACUUGGCGCCUCAAAAUUUCUACGGCUUGUGUUUUUAAUCAGUGAACUGUUAACGCUCAUAAUCAAAUUAAAAUCUUGUCCUAGCACAUUGUCUUAUAUAUUUUACCUGCGUUACAAAAUCGUUCAAAAACAAAUGUUUAAUCGAUUGAUAACACAGUUGGGAAACAGUUAUUUUUAAGAGCAUGCUGUUAAAUGCCAUGUGGAAACUGACUCGUCCCCCUUGUCUGUUUUUGUGACUAUAAACGCUCUGCUAAUCUCUCGCCACCGAUCCGCGACCGAUCCACCACCUCCUAAAAGUGAUAAGAACGACUAAGGAAGAGUCAGAAAUGCGAGGGGAUGAAUUGGGUGGGGCCAGGAUGUAACGAGUACCCCUGAAUUUCACUGCACCUGGUGUUUCACAAACACAUUAAGUUGGUUUAUUCCCGUAACAGCUACUGUAUGUUGUAGCAGAACGAACCUGUUCUUUAGUAUUUAGCUCUUGUUUGUAAAGCAGCACUGUAAUACAACAUGGAUGAUCACAAGCAUCAAGUAGCAAAUCGUACAUAUUAAAGUAAUUUGUUUUUCCACCUCUUACCACAGCAAAUUGUGAACAAAAUCCUUCGCUUUUCUGAAAGUGAAGACUUGGAUAACUCUCCAUUUACUAAUUGGUUUGUAACCGCAUGCGAAACACUGACCAACAAUGUUCAGGCGCUGAUUAAUUCAGGUAUUAUACACAGUUAUGUCAAUAUACUAAUAUUAACGGUUAUACAUUGAACUCACUCUCUGUCUUCUCAUUACCUAAGAGUUUACAAUUGUUUUGAAAAUCAGAAUAGUUAUAUAACCUAGAUAACUAACCUGAACUACAAAUCGUUAAUUUAUAUUCAAAGAGCAACAAUCGGUGACAAACUUGUUGAGACACUUUUCUCAAACGGAGUCCUCUAGAGAACAAAUAAUCCUCGCCCCUAUCCCCUCCCCUCCCCUCCCCUCCAUUCAAAUUUGGCAAGUUUUCGGUUUCUUACAGGUACCUUGAACACCGACGCAGCAUUGCUUGGGGGGGUAGAGGAGGGAAAAUUAAGGUUGACGUUUAAAGCGCACAUAAAUCACAUGAUGAAAUUUGGAUCUAGGGAAAUUUGGAUUUAGGGGGCUUUGAAAAGAUCUUGCAGAAAAGUGGUUGUAACUAAUUCCGAACCAAAAUUGUUCCUUUUGUAGGUAUCAAGGAAUAUGGCUCUCUUCAGAAUCCCAAACUCUACAUUGUACGAUUUCGUAUAAUGUGCAUGGCUGAAGUGCUCCUCUUUGCUGUCAAGAGCGGUUUGCAGACCAGUGUCUGUUUAAAGGCCACCAAUACUAUGAAAGAGCCGCUUAUGUUGAUGCUAGAAGACCUUCAUAAGGUAACUCAUGCUCUUUGAAAAACGCAAGUCAGUCCUAGUGAACCUUUAUCGUUACUUGCAAGUUCUGCAGAGCGGAGUCAGCAAAUUUCGGAUGGUUUGAUGUUUGUGUUUUCUUUAGCAUGUGCAAAUCAGCUUUCUCUCUCUCACGACUGAAACAUUUAUUGUGAAGUCCAGUUAAACCGUCUUCUCAAGUUUUGAAUAAAAAUCUGAAGAUACAACCGUACGUUAUUUAAAGUUAGCGUCCAAUCUGAUCUGUGACUUGAUGUUUGUCUUGGAUUCGCUGACUACCAUUGAAAGGGAACUUAAGCAACGACAAUGGCGAGGGCAGCGGAAAAAUGCACGAUGACGUCUUUUUACAUUUCGUUUUUUUUUUUCCUCGUAUCAGUUAAAUUUGGUAGACCCUGUGGAGUUUGAAUAACGAAAGCCAUAAGUUGCAAAAGAAAGCAAAACCCUCAAGGAUUUUGGUAGCACUAUUAGUGAAAUGACGCCCUGGUGCAAAUCGCGCAAAGGCCUUUCCUCAAACUUUGUCGCGUUUAUCCCCACUGGCUUUAAAAGUCAAAUGUAGGUAAAUUUCCCUGGAGUUGACUUCUUAAGGACUGCACCCAAGUUAAGAAAAAGUUGUCGUCUUGCGUUUACAUCCUUCAAAAAACGUCGCAUACGGAAAUCUCACUUGCUAGUCUUGGGCCGACUUAAAAGAAAUGUGGCAAAAAAGUGUACUGUGCUCGCAAAGUUGUUACCUUUUUAAUUUAAAAACCUAUUACUUUUUUUUUUUGUCGCCGUCGACGUUGCUGAAGUUCUCUUAGAUUAUUCAACAGCGUCAAAUUCCGUUCGAUUUUGCAAGGAAAGGUUUUAACAGUUGAUGAAUUACUUGGUUUGGAUUUACAGGUGAACGUGCACCCAAGUUUGACAGAGUAUGCGAGGAAGCUGAAAACUAUACUAAAUGAAACAGAG